AUGUUCUUGAUGACUAACUCUAUGGGUGUUUUGCAGGCCACCUCCGUCCGCUCCAUCCGCGCUCUCGUGCCCCUUUUGGACCGCGUCCUUGUCCAGCGUGUCAAGGCCGAGACCAAGACCGCCAGCGGCAUCUUCCUCCCCGAGUCCAGCGUCAAGGAGCUCAACGAGGCCAAGGUCCUCGCCGUUGGCCCCGGUGCUCUUGACCGCGAUGGCAAGCGGUUACCCAUGGGCGUCAACUCUGGCGACCGCGUCCUGAUCCCCAGCUGCAAAGCAAACCUGUAA